UUAAUGUUUUAGUAGUGCAAAGCAAUUUGAGACGGAAGCCAAACAUAGUGAGCCCUGAGCGCUGCUAGCUGGCUUAUACACACAUGACCUGUCUACAUACCUGUGCGCCCACGUAACCCGUAACCGGUAAGGGAUCUCUUUGUUUAGCAACGACGUCUGGCCCGGAGCAACGGUGGGAAAAACGGUCGUGCAGCAAACUCGUAUGCGAACAUCGCAGCCUGUACAGGCGGUAGUGUGAGACUGAGAAAGUAGUAACCUAACGUGCUCUAGUCUAUUGAACUGGAAUUAAGUCGAUCUUGGUUGAGAUUUAAAAACCAACGGCUUAUUCAGACCUCGCCAGGGUCACCCAGCACGCUAGAACCAACAGGAAUGCAACCAGGGUGUGAAACAAGAUGACGACACGUCUUCUACACAACGCUGCUAGUCUCUCGGUGUUUCUUACGGUCCUCCUGUCGGUGUGCCAAGCACAAUGUCCGGAAGGCCAGUACCAGCCCCCCGGCAAGGACUGGUGCUGCAACAGCAUAUGUCCCGCAGGAACACGAAUCCAACAGGACUGCCCGAGGGACAGCCCAGACUCGGUGACGUGCGAGCCCUGUGGCCCUGAGUACCCGGACCGGGACUCCUGCAGCUCCGGCGGCGCCCUGGAGCAGCCGUACCCCACACCCUCCGCACAGAUGGGCGACAAUACUACAGCAAGUCCCAGAGAUGGAGAGGCAGAUUCUACCCCGAAGGUCCCACUGUGGAUCAUACUCGUAGCAGUGUUUGGGAGUUUCGUCACUAUGAUCCUUCUGGUAUUAGGUCCGGGACUCCUGAUUCUUUGGAUUUACAGGAAGAGGCAUCCUCCACAACAGAACCAGAAUGGGGCUGGUCCACAAAAUGCAGAGAGGCAGACCUUCCUGUACAGGAGCGCAGAUGGAGCCGUGAGGAUCAACCGGCCAAGACCGGCACAGCCUGGUGAGGUGGAGAUCGAGAUGGAGAGACUCAACCAUACAGAAACUGAGAACCACACAUCGGCUAGAGAGGCUGCCAAAGAUCACCGGAGGCUUCCCGACGACGGCAUCAGUACCGGAGCAGACGACAGCACCAGUGAGACCCUGUCACACCUGUCGCAGGAGAGCGGAGAGGUACAAACCUCGAGCGAUCUGGACGGGACAGACUCCAGAAGGAAGCUUAGAAGAGCGUUACCAAGAGAUGCCAACGAGGUCCCAGUUAACGAAGAGACUACAGAGUACAUUGUGAGUAACCUAGGCAACAGGUAUCUCCGGCUCGCCAGAUGCCUUCCAGCAACUAGUGGGAACAUCUUCUCAGUCACAGACAUCGCUGAACUCAGACACAUAUACACAUUACACGGCCCAGCAGAUGCCAUUAGGGAAACAAUAGACGUCUGGCAGAGGAAGAAUGGGGAACAAGCCACACUGGAGGGGCUGCUGAUCGGUCUCUACACAUGCGAGAUGAACGGGAUUGUGGAGCACCUGUGCCAACUGAACAACGUUCGCCUUCCUGAUUGGUUCAGUUGAUCCAACACGAGCCCUGGUAGAUUCAAGGCCAAGAAGAGAAAACUACUCAUAUUUUGUAAUACAAAGAUGAAUGUGUAUUUGUGUGUCAAGGACAAAGAAAAAAGUCAAUACAUUUGUAUCAACCGGCAUAUAAAAGCAGAUACAUGUAUUUGGAAAACUGCUUUUUGGCAUAUCUUAUUACCUGGAUGUCCAAUCUUCAUCAACGUACAUGUAGUUUGGAUUUUACCCCACACCAGAAAGUGUUUCCAACAUGAGAAAUAUGAAAGGAUGCAUAUAGAGCACAAGUUGUAGCAGUUUUGCCACAAUACUCAAGAAGUGUUAAUAUGCUUCCAGUUUGUAUGCUUUCUGUGAGUUUAUAUGCUUGAACAUAACAGCCUAAAGCAUGUUUUUGUACUAGAGUGGAUCUGUUGAAGAACCUUGAGAGGACAGCAAGUAUUAUGCAACACAAAAAUAACAUGCCAUGCUAGAAAAGUGUUUUUGCUUCAUGUGCCAAACAGUAAUACUUGGUUGAGAAAUUGUCUUACUAAUAACUGUGUAUGCUACUUUAACAGAUUAUAUUGAAUAGUUGCAUACAAUGACUUUUACCCUAUUGCUUUACAAUGAGUGGCAUACACAACUUUUGUUGUUUUGAGUUGUAAUGUUUUGCGGUAUAUUUGUUUUCUGCAUUGAGCUUUGCUAACUUACUACUUGUUGAAAAAUAAUGUUUGCAGUUGAGUAGCUGCAUAAUUACUGUACAUUAAUGGCCCUAUGUCAUACAAACUUAUGUCUUCACCUUGUUUAAGCUUAAUAUUAGAUACAGUUAUGCUUAAUAUACAUCGUGUAAUGAAAAGAUUACACAACGUACGCUCAAAGCAAGUAUAUAAGAGAACAAUAUUAUAUUGUGAGGGGUAAGCCACG